AGGUGAACGCAAGCAGAGAGAACGUUUGCUGCAUGCAAACCGGUCGGACACCGGCUCCUGGUACAACCAGCCGAAAAAAAGACCGUUUUUAUUGUCGUCUUUAUUAGAGAACAUUGUUAAAAUUAUAAAGAACAGUUUAAUAGACGUUCGAAAGAACGUUAUUUAUUUUCUCGUAUAUUCAUGGCGUCGUUCUGAUAAAAACUCGUCUCUUAUUCAUGAACGAAAUUCGUCAUUAUCGUCGUCAUUGUCCUCAUCGUUGUCGUUGUCGUUGUCGUUGUUAUAUUACGUUCGAUUAUUUUUCUCAUCGAUCAGGUUCUUCAUGUGUUGGGCGUGGAUGCAAGAUUCAUCAUCAUACACGCGUUCACGACAACUCGUACGAAGGUCGACGACCGUUGUUCGUUUAAAAUCGUCGUUCAAACAAUGACCAUAAUGCGAAUUUUGAAAUAUAACUGAUCCAUGACUACAAUGAGAAUCUGAAGAAAGUAAUGGUGUACUUUCCGAUCCGCUAUCAUGUUGCUUUUAAAUAUAUUAAAAAAAAAAAAACAUGUCCAUCGCAGUGAACAGUCUAUCAGUGGAGACCAAAGUGUACGAAGGCCAAAAGCCGGGUACAUCUGGACUUCGAAAAGCUGUUCGGGUUUUUCAACAGGAACAUUACACUGAAAAUUUUAUCCAAGCGAUACUCGAUGCUUUGGGUUCUCAAUGUGUCGGAUGUACUCUUGUUGUUGGUGGUGAUGGACGUUAUUAUGGGAAAGAUGCUGUUAAAAAGAUUAUUAGAAUCACUGCGGCCAAUGGGGUAAGAAGGUUAAUAGUUGGACAAAAUGGGAUCCUUUCUACACCAGCUGUAUCUGCUAUAAUACGUAAAUACAAAACACAAGGAGGAAUAGUGUUAACUGCAUCGCAUAAUCCUGGUGGUCCUAAUGCUGAUUUUGGAAUAAAAUUUAAUUGUGAAAAUGGAGGACCUGCCCCAGAUGGAGUAACAAAUGAAAUUUAUGAAAUCACUAAAACGCUCAAAAGUUAUAAAAUAAUACCUGAGAUAAACGUAGAUAUUGAUAAAAUUCAAAACGUUUCUAUUCAAGUUGAUGGGAAACCAUUUGAUAUUGAUAUAAUAGAUUCUGUAAAUGAUUACUUAGAGCUUAUGAAAAACAUUUUUGAUUUUGCUAGUAUUAAAAGUUUAUUGCAAGGAAGCAAACAAAGACCAGCUUUCAAGGUCCUUAUUAAUGGAAUGAAUGGAGUUACGGGACCUUAUAUAAAACGUAUAUUCAGUGAUGAAUUAGGUGUGGAUAAUUCAAGUCUUGUUAAUAUAACUCCAUUAGAAGAUUUUGGAGGACUUCAUCCUGAUCCAAAUUUAACUUAUGCAAUAGAUUUGGUAAACGCCAUGAAAAAUAAUCCUAAAAAUGAUUUUGGAGCUGCUUUUGAUGGAGAUGGAGAUAGAAAUAUGAUACUAGGAAAAAAUGCAUUCUUUGUAACACCUACUGAUUCAUUAGCAGUAUUGGCUGCUAAUUUGACAUUAAUUCCUUAUUUUCAAAAGACCGGCGUUAAAGGUUAUGCAAGAUCUAUGCCAACAGGUGCUGCUGUAGAUAGAGUAGCUCUUAAAGGUGGAGUUACAUGUUUUGAAGUACCUACUGGUUGGAAGUAUUUUGGAAAUUUGAUGGAUGCUGGUCGUCUAUCACUUUGUGGAGAAGAAAGCUUUGGUACAGGUUCUGAUCAUAUACGCGAAAAAGAUGGUAUAUGGGCUUGUCUUGCAUGGCUCAAUGUUAUCGCAAAGCUUGGGAAAUCUGUUCAAGACGUAUUAUUAGAUCAUUGGAAAAGUUAUGGACGCAAUUUCUUUACAAGAUAUGACUAUGAGAAUUGUGAAGUAGAAAAUGCAAAUAAAGUGAUACAGGAGGUCGAAACUGCAAUUCAAAAAGCAGGAUUUGUUGGUACAACAUUAUCCUCUGGAAAUAAAACUUAUACUGUCAAACUUGCAGACAAUUACUCAUAUACUGAUCCUAUUGAUGGAAGUCAAGCCAAUAAACAGGGCCUACGGAUAUUAUUUGAAGAUGGUUCUCGUAUAAUAUAUCGUUUAUCCGGAACUGGAAGUUCGGGAGCAACGAUUCGUUUAUAUAUUGAUAGCUACGAAAAUGAUCCAUCUGUUUAUGAAAAAGAUGCUCAACAAAUUUUAAAACCGUUAGUUAACAUUGCAUUAGAUUUAAGUAAAUUAUCUCAGCAUACUGGACGCGAUGCGCCAACUGUCAUUACAUAAAGAGGUAAUGCAUAUUGUUCUCAUUACAAUAUUUCUAGGUUACAGUUUUACUCAUAAUUUCAUCAUAAAAAAGUAAAACUGUUUGUGAAUAUAAAACAACUUGUGCCAUUUUAUUAUUAUAAUUAGGACGGAUUAACAUUGGAAAAUUUCAUUGUCCAUUAUUUAGUAAUCUUUCCAUUUUUAUACAGAUUUUUACUUACAUUAAUAUAAAAGCAAUAUAUUAAUGUCUUGUUAUAAUAGUACACUAUUCAUAUAGUGUCAUAAUCAUUGUGUUAAUGUAUCAUUAAACUUAAAACUUAAUGAGUAAAGGUAUUAAUGAUACUAUAACUUAGAUACAUUUUUCGAAUUAAACAAUUUCUUACACCAAAUAAAAAUUAGGAAAAAAAGAAAACAAUAGAAAUGUUUUGUUACAAUAUAAAAAUAAUCUCAUAACAUCGUACUACUGCAAAAUUAUUCGACUAUUCUUUUAUUUAGCUUUUAUUAUAUUAGUAUGCACGUAUUUAAAAAUAUUAAUUUUAUAAAACAAAUAAGUUUUACAUUAAUAUAGAAGAAGUCGACACUAAAAUUCGCAUUUUAAUACAAAUCUCAUUAAUUAUAUUCAAUUAAUAACCGUUGUACACAAGUAAUGUAAUGUAAAUUUCUUGGUGUAAAUUUUGAUUAUAUUAGUAGUAAUUGCUACUAGUGAUAUAUGAUUAGUAAAUGGUUCAAUGACAUCUGACACGGAUAUUAAGUUUAAAUUAUACUAUAUCUUCUUACAAAACCAAUAAAAAUACAUUUAUGAAUAAAUAUAUACUGAAAGAUGAACACACAGUUACUAUAAAAAGCAUUAAUUAUGGAAGUUGAAAAUAUAUGUGAAAGUAUCUUACGGAAUGAAUAGUAAAAUAUAUAGUUUCCUCUAAUAAUUAAUUCAUAUUUUGUAAUAGUAUAUAAUAAAGACAUAAAGUUAUAAUUGAUACAUAGAUUCUAUUAACUAUAAAAACUGCACUCAAUGCACUAUUAUUUAUCUGUUACAACAAUAAUAAAAUUAAAACCGUGUUACUUGUCAGUUUACUAAAUCAUUUGAACUAAUAUGAACUAUUAAAUCUAUAGAACGUAUAAUUACGUAUUUUGUUUAUUUUAUUGCUGUAUAUUAUAUUAGAUAUUCUUUAUAUAUUAGUAACAAUUAUUUAUGAAUACAAAGUUUUAUGUUGUAUUUAUCAUGCUUCACUUAUGUGAUUAUUUAAAAAAAAAAAAAAAAAAAAUACAAAAAAAUAAAAAAAAAAUCAAAAAAAAAUAUCCGACAC